AUGGUUUGGCAUGUCCUCGGCUCGAAGUGCUGUGUUCCAGUGCUCCCACCCUUCCUCGAGGGAGUCUGGGUUUUAUCUCUGCCCUCCUGGACCAUUUCUAGCUCUCCUCCGAAGACCUGCUUUGCCGUGGAUGUGGUGGCAUCCCGCGUCGCUCGCGCCUCCCCCAGUAACGGCCUUCUCCCCGUCCCAGAGCGCCGUCCUGCCAGCCAGAAGCCUGAGGAGAGCUGGCCAAAGCACCGAAAAACUGACCCUCCCUGGGCAUCCACCCUGCCGCGCGCCCCAGCUGGCUCCCCGCCGGCCCGCAGCGACCUGCUGAGUGGCAGUGGGCACCUCUCUGGCCCACGGGUCCAGGACUCCCACAGGCACUGUGUCAGUGGGGGUGCAGAGGCACGGCACGGGCUGGAGAGGCAGGAGUACACGGUGCUGGCAGACCUGCCCAAGCCCAAGCGCCUCGGCCAGCGGGAUGCUGCUGACCGCUAUGGCUCCCGGACACUCAGCCCUGGCCGAGUGGAGGUGGAGAGGAUAUUUGGAUGCGAACGCAGGUGAGAAGUAAUGGGACUCCACAGUGCUCAGAGGCAGGGGAUUG